AUGUUCCCAUGCUCUGAGGAUAGAAUCUCAGCGACAACAAUGCGUAGACAAGCUGGAUCAGCCGUAGUUGGGAGCAGUUGUGUGCAGCAUCUCUCAAGCAUUCUGCUCAUUCUUUAA